GCAAGCAUCGUCGUGUUCACGAGAAACUAGUCAAACAAGCCGUGUCCGCCCUGAGCGGCGCCGGCCGGCCGCUCGACAGAUUCCUUGGCCGGCUACUUGCGGUCAUCACCUCAGCGUCACCCUCUUCCGCCACUGCUUAGCCACCAGCACACCGGCGUCUCGCCGCCUCGCCGCCACGCAGCCCCCUUCCGGCCUCCGCGGGACUACUGCAUGCUCUCCAGGUCCAGACAUUCCGCCUUCUGGAAACCAAGACCACCAGCUACCCACGCAAGAAGGCUCCCGCCGCGCCACUCGUCGACGCAGCCCCAGGAAGAUGCAUCCAUCCCGGCGCAAAACAUGCGGCUCACAGCUCUGCUCAGCAGCGGCGACAUGGCGGCCGCCCGCAGGCUGUUCGACGAUAUGCCGCGCCGGACUGUGGUCACCUGGAACGCGAUGGUCGCGGGCCACGCGAGGCGCGGGAACACACUUGACGCGCUGGAGGUAGCCACGCAGAUGCACCGCUCGGGCCUGAGCCCGAGCGAGGCCACCUACGCGUCGGUGCUUGGCGCCUGUGCCCGCGGUCGCCACCUUCGCUUCGGGGCGCAGGUGCACUGCCAGGUGGUGAAGUCCGGGUCUGAGAGCGUGGAGGUCGUUGGGGCCUCCCUUCUGGACUUCUACUCCUCGUGUCUCGACCUGCACGCGUCACGCAUGCUCUUCGACUCCCUUCAUCCGAGGAACGGGCUACUGUGGAGCCCGAUGGUAGUCGCGCUCGUGAGGUUCAAUCUGCCGAGUGACGCCCUGGACCUUCUUGAGCGGAUGCCUGCGCCCCACGAUGUGUUUGCGUGGACCGCUGUUAUAUCAGGCCAUGCACGGGGAGCAGGUGAGCUCUGUCGCAAAGCGAUCUGGUUGUUUGUGCGGAUGUUGGGGGAUGACGGCGUGAUGCCGAAUGAGUUCACUUUCGACAGUGUUUUGAGGGCCUGUGUGAAGAUGGGAGCGUUGGAUUUUGGGAGAUCUGUUCAUGGCUGUUUGAUUCGAAGUGGGUUUGGGUCUGACAAGUUAAUCACCAGUGCUCUUGUGGAUCUCUACUGCAGUUCUGAUGCUGUGGGUGAUGCCUUGCUGGUUUACAGUGACCUGGAAAUGCCGUCCUUGAUCACAUCCAAUACAUUAAUUGCUGGGCUUGUAGCAAUGCGCAGGACGGAGGAAGCAAAGAUUGUUUUCUCGCAGAUGCCAGAGCAUGAUUCAGGUUCCUACAAUCUGAUGAUUAAAGUAUAUGGUAUUGAAGGGAGGCUCGAGCAUUGCCAGAGGAUGUUUGAGAAGAUGCCUCGGAGAAAUAUCGUGACCUUAAACUCCAUGAUGUCAGUUCUUCUCCAGAAUGGAAAGUUGGAGGAGGGGCUAAAGCUGUUUGAGCAGAUAAAGGACGAAAGAAACACGAUAACAUGGAAUUCGAUGAUUUCUGGUUACAUUCAAAAUGAUCAUUCUUCAGAAGCUCUAAAACUAUUUGUGGUCAUGUGCCGAUUAUCCAUUGCAUGCAGCCCGUCAACAUUCCCUGCUCUAUUGCAGGCCUGUGCUACUGUUGGAACCAUCGAGCAAGGCAAAAUGGUUCAUGCUCACCUCUGCAAGACUCCUUUUGAGUCCAAUGGCUAUGUUGGGACAGCUCUUGUAGAUAUGUACAUGAAAUGUGGGUGUGUCAGUGAUGCACGAAGCGCAUUUUGUUGCAUCAUGUCGCCAAAUGUUGCUUCUUGGACAUCACUCAUUAAUGGGCUUGCACAGAAUGGUCAAUGGCUGGAAGCUAUAGUUGAAUUUGGGAGAAUGCUGAAGCAGGAUAUCAAUCCCAAUGAGAUCACUUUUUUGGGCCUCCUUAUGGCCAGUGCUCGUGCUUGUUUAGUUAACAAGGGGAUGAGGUUCUUCCACUCCAUGGAAAGCUAUGGACUAGUUCCAACUGUGGAACAUUAUACCUGUGUUGUCGAUCUUCUCGGUCGGACCGGACGUAUCAGAGAAGCUGAGAAGUUCAUUUCUGAAAUGCCUGUACCAGCAGAUGGGGUGGUAUGGGGAGCCCUACUCACUGCCUGCUGGUAUUCAAUGGACUUGGAGAUGGGUGAAAAAGUUACUGAAAAGUUGCUUUGCAUGGGCACAAAGCAUGUAUCUGCAUAUGUUGCUAUGUCUAAUAUCUAUGCUAAAUUGGGGAAGUGGGAUGAUGUUGUGAAGGUAAGAACAAGAUUGAGGAAUCUCGACAUGAAGAAGGAACCAGGGUGCAGUUGGAUUGAGCUAAAAGAUAUAGUUCAUGUAUUCCUCGUGGAAGACCGGAAUCAUCCAGAGAGAGAUGAUAUAUACUUGAUGCUAGAACAUUUAGUUUCUAAUAUAUCCUUGCUCUCUGAAACUGAUGAGCCCGAAUUGUUACUCCCCGUCAGUUGAUGAAAAACUUGAUAGGUCCUGCUGAGGAUUUGUGUUCAUGCAUUUGUGUGAGCCAAUUUGGAUGGCCAAGUGUUUUCUUUUGCACGGAUAAAAUUGGCAGUCUCUUUGAAUCCUCAUGGCUGACAACAUUGCUACUGAUUUAAGAUUUUCUGAAUGCAGGGGCACAAAUCGUCCACACAUCAAAUCCCAUAAGGAAUAUCUAAGUGGCUUUCCAUGAUGACAAGGGAGGGGUCUCAGAGUCCUUCCAGGUGUUGGGGUGAAUGUUGAGGUAGCGAUCACCGUGCACAACAUCCAUGGCGGCAAAUGAC